GAGUUGCGCAACGUGAUCUGCAGCCACACGCACGCACGCACACGCACACGCAGGGAUCGUGUCUUUGCGGAAGCAGAGAGGAGUCUUGUCUCCUCCUCUCCUCUCCUCUCCUCUCCUCUCCUCCUCUCCUCCUCUCCUCUCCUCUCCUCUCUCCUCAUCAGAGACUCACUCACACCAGCAGAGUAACACCCGGAGCGAGCAGCUAGCAGCUAGCAGCAGCAGCAGAGCGAGCAGGAGCUGAUGAGUCGGGACGGCUGAGAGGAGCACUCAGUCCAACCACACCUUUACUCGGGAUCUAUCCUGCCGAGGAGAUGGGGGACAAGGCGGGCACCAGAGUUUUCAAGAAGUCGAGCCCCAACUGUAAGGUGACAGUGUACCUGGGAAAGAGAGACUUUGUGGAUCACCUGGACCACGUGGACGCAGUAGACAUGACAGAUGGCGUGAUCCUCGUCGACCCCGAGUACCUGAAGGACAGGAAAGUCUUCGUCACGCUCACCUGUGCGUUCCGAUAUGGCCGUGAGGACCUGGACGUCCUGGGUCUGUCCUUCAGGAAGGAUCUCUACAUAUCCACCUUCCAGGCCUUCCCUCCGGUGCCGGAGGAGAAGAAACCCAACAGCCGGCUGCAGGAGAGGCUGCUGAAGAAACUGGGCCAGCAUGCACACCCCUUCUACUUCACUAUUCCUCAGAACCUCCCAUGUUCAGUCACUUUACAGCCCGGUCCAGAGGACACCGGGAAGGCCUGCGGCGUGGACUUUGAGAUCAGAGCUUUCUGUGCCAAGUCAAUAGAAGAGAAGAUCCACAAGAGGAACUCGGUGCGUCUGGUGAUCAGGAAGGUCCAGUACGCUCCGGAGAAGCCCGGUCCUCAGCCGAUGGUGGAGACGACCCGCAGCUUCCUGAUGUCUGACAGAUCCCUACACCUGGAGGCCUCUCUGGACAAGGAGCUGUAUUACCACGGAGAGCCCAUCAGCGUCAACGUUCACGUCACCAACAACUCCACCAAGACCGUCAAGAGAGUCAAGAUCUCCGUGCGUCAGUAUGCAGAUAUCUGCCUGUUCAGUACUGCCCAGUAUAAAUGUCCAGUGGCCCAGCUGGAGGCAGAUGACCAGGUGUCGUCCAGCUCCACCUUCUGUAAGGUGUACACUCUGACCCCGACGCUCGACAAGAACCGAGAGAAGAGAGGACUCGCUCUGGACGGGAAGCUGAAACACGAAGACACCAACCUGGCCUCCUCCACCAUAGUGAAGGAUGUCACCAACAAGGAGGUUCUGGGGAUUCUGGUGUCCUACAGAGUCAAAGUCAAGCUGGUGGUCUCACGUGGAGGGCUGCUGAGAGGCAUGUUGGACAGGGACGUGUCGGUGGAGCUGCCGUUCAUCUUAAUGCAUCCUAAACCCGUGGAGCCGCCGCUGUCCCGCCCGCAGUCAGCUGUGCCAGAGAUGGACCCCCCCAUCGACACCAAUUUGAUAGAAUUCGACACAAACAGCAUCUCCCAGGACGACGACUUCGUCUUCGAGGACUUCGCCCGUCUGCGGCUCAAAGGCGUCGUGGACGACAAAGACGAGGACUGCUAGGAGCUCGCCACCCUUCAUACGCUCGCUUCGAAACCACACACACACACACACACACACGCGCACACACACACACACUGUUGACGUUACAUUCCCCGGUUGGGGGUGGGGGGUGGAUGAGGGCAUGUUUGGACGGAGGCAGGGUGGGGGGGGGGGGGAUUGGGGGGGUGGUGGGUGGCGGGGCUCGGUGGUGUUCUUCCUCUCUUGCUUCAGCCAUUUCGUCACGCCGCCGCUGCCGCCAUUUUUUCUCUCCAUCCGUCUUUCUGUGUUUCUCUUCUUCGCUGAGAAGCUCUAAAUGUUGAGCAGCUGCAGGACAGAUGUUGGAUGUUGGAUGUUGGAUGUUGGCGGCCGGAAGCUCUGAAGGAAGCAUCGAUGUAGGAAGCCGCCGCGGCAGCACUCGUCUCGCUUUUACUUUGAAAUGUCGUUUGAAUGUUGACCGUUUCCUGCGGCGCGACGAUCACCGUCUUGUACAAACAGAAUAUAUAUUUGAAACAUAGAAAAAAACUAAUCUUCUACGAGCAGUUUGAGGUCUGUGUCCGGUGGUGAUCGCCGCUUCUCUUCCAGUUCAAACACUGUAGACGCUUCUUACAUCACGGCGAGGGGAGGACGCACACACACACACACUCACACACACACACA